AUGGGCCAAGCUCCCAGCUCCCCCAACUCCCUCUGCACAGAGUCAACGCGCUUAAUGCAAAGCCAAACACCCCCGACGAAAAAGCCCGCGGGCAGGCUGUACGCCAUCGCCGACCUCCACCUCAGCUUCGCCGACAACCGGACCGCCUGGUCCCGCCUGACGCCCCAUCCCGGCGACGGCCUCAUCCUCUGCGGCGACGUCGGCGAGUCCGCCGACCAUCUGCGGCUGGCCUGUUCCAAGGCGACGGAGUGUUUUGACGCCGUGUGGUGGUGUCCGGGCAACCAUGAGCUGUACACGCUGCCCAGCGCCGGGCCCUCCGGGCCGCGCGGCGAGCAAAAGUACCGGGAGUGCGUGGAGGUGGCCCGGGAGUACAACGUGCUGACCCCCGAGGACGACUUUGCCGUGUGGGAGGGGCGGGGCGGGCCGGCGGUGGUGGCGCCCGUAUUCACGCUGUACGACUAUUCGUUCCGGCCGGACGGGGUGAGCCUGGAGGGCGCCGUGGCGUGGGCGCGGGAGGCGGACACGGAGGCGACGGACGAGUUCCUGCUGCACCCAGAUCCGCACCCGAGCCGGCAGGCGUGGUGCGCCGCGCUGGUGGAAAGGUUCGCGGCGAAGCUGGCCGCGGCGAACGCGCGCUUCCCGACGCUGCCGCUGGUCGUGGCCAACCACUGGCCGCUGCGCGAGGACCUGGUGGCGCUCCGGCUAAUCCCGCGCUUCAGCCUGUGGUGCGGGACCAGGCUCACGGACGACUGGCACCGCAGGUUUGGCGCGAAGGUGGUGGUCAGUGGCCAUUUGCAUAUCCGGAGGACGGAUUGGAGGGACGGGUGCAGGUUCGAGGAGGUCAGCUUGGGGUACCCGCGGCAGUGGAAGAGGUGCGCGGAGAUGGGCAUGGGCGUGGAGGAGCUGCUGAGGGAGAUCUUGCCGGGGCCGGAAGGGGUCAAGAUGGGAGAGGUGCCGACGCAGUGGAGGAUUUAUGGAUAG